AUGUAUCUUUCGGGACAGGCACAGAAGAAGAUCCUGGAACUACAUCAGAAGUAUGGCCCGGUUGUGCGCAUUUCUCCAGACACGUUGUCUUACAACCACCCUGAUGCGUGGAACGAGAUCCGCGGACAUCGCAAGCAUGGCGCCGUCGAACACGGCAAGGAUCCCGUCUUCCAGUUUAUGAACAGGACCAACAUCAUCGGCGCCAACCGAGAAGACCACGCCCGUUUCCGUCGUGUCAUGUCUCAUGGCUUCUCAGCGCAGGCGAUGUUGGAUCAGCAGCCCAUCAUCAAGUCCUAUGUCGAUACGCUGUUUCAGAAGCUGCAUCAGCAGGCCGAUGGAGUGCAGCCGGUCAACAUGGUGGCCUGGUUUAACUUCACCACGUUCGACGUGAUAGGCGAUCUCGCGUUUGGGGAGCCCUUUGGGUGUCUUGAUAAGUCUACCUACCAUCCUUGGAUAGCGCUCCUCUUCGAGGGCAUCAAGAACAUGGCCUUUGCAGCGAACAUGAGACGCUACCCCGCCAUCUCGAAUAUUCUGAUGCGCAUGAUGCCUAAGGAGAUCAAGGCCAAGAUGGCUCAACACCAGGAACUAUCGCGUCAAAAGGUGCGGAAGCGACUAGAAAUGAAGACGGAUCGUCCAGACUUCAUCGAGUCGAUGGUGAAGAAGAGAGGGGACUUUGAACUGUCGAUUGAUGAGAUUGCGGGCAACUCAGCGGUUUUGAUCAUUGCCGGAUCGGAAACGACUGCUACGCUGCUUUCUGCAGCAACUUAUUACCUGCUCACCUACCCAGACGCCAUGGUCAAGCUGACUGAGGAGGUCCGUUCUGCUUUCAAGUCCGAAGACGAAAUCGACAUGAUCAGCGUGCAGAAGUUGACCUAUCUCCUUGCCGUUCUUGACGAGUCUCUGCGGCUAUAUCCUCCAGUACCGGCGGGAGGGCCAAGGAAGAUUGCGCCGGAUGGCGAUGUGAUACUCGGACAGUACGUACCGGGUGGUACAAUUGCGGAGAUAUGGCACUGGGCUGUCUAUCACAAUCCCGAGCACUUCACACUUCCGGAAAGCUUCAUCCCCGAGAGAUGGCUCGAUGACCCACGCUUUGCCAACGACAAAAAGGAUGCAUUCCAGCCUUUCUCAUAUGGGCCUCGGAACUGCAUCGGCAGGAACUUGGCCUAUGCUGAGAUGCGCUUGAUUCUCGCUAGAAUCGUAUGGAACUUCGAUAUGCAGCUUGCCGAUGACAGCAAGGACUGGGAUAAGAAGAGCAGGGUCUAUAUUCUCUGGCAGAAAGGACCAUUGAAUGUCUACUUGUCACCGAGGCAAGCUCAUUGA